AUGGGCUGGGUGCUGACAGGGGUCCUGCUCGCCUGGGGGGCGGUGGCUUGGGUAAGAGGGGCUGCGCAGCCCCAGGAGCUGUCCUCCUCUGCGGGGUUUUUGGAGUGCAAGAAGGCUCUGAAGGUCCCAAGUCUGGAAGUCCUGCCGGGGGGUGGCUGGGAUAACCUCAGGAAUUUGGACAUGGGCAGAGUCAUCAACCUGGGCUACUCACUGUGCAAGACCACGGAAGACGGCUCUUAUAUCAUCCCAGAUGAGAUCUUCACUAUCCCUCGCAAGCAGAGCAACCUGGACAUCAACUCCGAGAUCAUAGAGUCCUGGAAAGAUUACCAAAGCAUCACCUCUGCCUCCAUCAACCUGGAGCUGUCCCUCUUCUCUUCCAUCAAUGGCAAGUUCUCCUAUGACUUCCACCGGACCAAGACCCACCAAGUGAAAGACCGUGCUGUCACCACCCGAGUGCAAGUCAGGAACCUGGUUUACACUGCCAAGAUCGACCCAGGGGCGGUCCUAGACAAGGGCUUCAAGAAGCAGCUGCUGACGAUCGGCAGCCACCUGGAGAACAACCAGACACGGAUGGCUGAUUUUCUGGCCGAGGUGCUGGUGCUUAACUACGGCACCCACACCGUCACCUCAGUGGACGCCGGAGCCAGCUUGGUGCAGGAGGAUCAGAUCAAGGCAACCUUCCUGAAGGACAGCUGGGCUACACGGAGUGCUGUCACCGCCUCGGCCGGCGUGGCCUUCCACAGCAUCAUCAGUGUGAAAAACAAGGAGUCCCUGGACAUCGGCUCUGGCUUCACCAGGCAGUAUCUGGGGAACCGCACCAACUCCAGGGUAGAGAGCAUUGGUGGGACCCCCUUUUAUCCAGGCAUCACCCUCAAGACCUGACAGGAGGGGAUCAGAAACCAGCUGGUGGCUCUCGACCGCUCAGGGCUGCCCCUGUACUUCUUCAUCAAACCCAGCACCCUGCCAGAGAUGCCCACCCCAACGGUGAAGAAGCUGGCCAGGCGAGUGGAGAUGGCUAUCCGCCGCUACUACACCUUCAACACCUAUCUGGGCUGCACCGACACCACCUCGCCCAACUUCAACUUCCAUGCCAAUGCUGAUGAUGGCUCCUGUAAGGGUGCCAUGGCCAACUUCACCUUCGGGGGAGUCUUCCAGGAGUGUGUGGGGCUGGCUGGUCCUGACACCAGUGUGCUGUGCCGGGGGCUGGAGCAGAGGAACCCCCUCACUGGGGCUUUCUCCUGUCCCACCACUUACACUCCGGUGCUGCUGGGCAUGCAGGAGCGGGAGGAAGGCCACAGCCAUCUGGAAUGCCACAACAAGUGCAUCUUGGGCAUCUUCUGCCAUCAUGAGUGCCAGGAUGUCUUCUGGCUCUCCCGGGUGCAAUUCAGUGCCUACUGGUGUGCUGCAAGUGGGCCAGUGGCCCCGAGCUCCGGAUACCUCUUUGGGGGCCUGUUCAGCGCCCACGGCGUCAAUCCCAUCACCGGAGCCCAGUCCUGCCCUUCAAGGUUCUUCCCACUGAAGCUAUUUGAUGAGCUCAGGGUGUGCGUGAGCCAAGAUUACGAGGCGGGGGUGCAGUAUGCGGUGCCCUUUGGGGGCUUCUUCAGUUGCCAGGCAGGGAACCCGUUGGUGGGGCAGAACCAGGGCACCGCUGAGGACCCCCAUGCCAAGAGCUGCCCCCCGGGCUUCAGCCAGCACUUGGCACUUAUC